AAAUUUUGUCGUGCCUCUGCACCUCGGCUGACCACAUGGCCCCAACUCAUCCCUUCGACAUCAUCUCCAUCGGCAUCGCGGUCACUAGAAAAAAUUCCAAAGCAUGACGCUGAUGAGACACAACCACCACUCGGCGUGCUCGCAGCAGCACUGAUGUCACUUGUCUCUGAAUCAGCUGGCCGUCGACACGACUCGCACCCACAGCCAUAGCCGCGACCUUGACGUCCCUCGCGCUCUCGCCCGCUGGCCAAUGACGACGAUUGUCCCAGCGGCUCAUUGCACGCACACGCACACGCACCAUCACAUCACAUUACGGGCUGCACGCAAAUCACCGCAAUGCAUCGCGAUGUGCACGAAGAUGAGAAGAUGAGAUGACGAGGAGGGAGAGUAUCUUAGGACGGAGUCUGGAGGAUCGAGCGACCUGCUUACCAGACCACAUACAACUAUACCAUCGAGAACUCCCCACGCCAUGCAAUGCAAUGCAUGCCCGGGCGCGGCGAGGGUGUGGUGUAUACGGUAGUAGUUCUCCUCUGUUCUAUAGAAACGGUGCGCAGGUGCGCACGUAGGCGAGUGUGCCUAGGCUGUCACGCUGACCUCACCCGCACAACUGCAUCGACGAGCCAACUCCACAUGAUGCGGCCAUUUUUGACAAUUACCACCAGCACACACGCCACUGCACAUGCAGAGCGUACUCAUCAGGAAUGGCAUCAAUGCUUUGCAAUUCAUGCCCAAAGAGCUGAGAGCUGCGACCCCGUCACCUGUGUUGAGAGGCAUCACCACAAGCGCAUCGAGGCCCCGACGCAGGCAAAAUGCAUGCCACGACUCGCGCUCUAGACUUCGGGGUCCGCGUCCCCGCGCGGGAGGCGCAAGUCAAUCCGCUCGAGCGUGGUUCGUGGUUGGUCUCAAGGGACCUCAAAUCGCUUCUAAUGUCUCCACCCGGCGCCAUGCGAGUCGUGCCUGGAUGUGGUUGUUCCUAUUUCUCAACCCACAAGCGCCAGCCGGUCGACGGCGUCCCAAUGCUCUAUGCUCGACAGCGACUAUGGCACGUACCUGCAGCAGUGCCGGUCCCCUAAAUCGCUCGAUGACGCCGUGCAACAUCGAUCGCGACGACUGUGCUAGGGACAAAAGCGUUCGUGCGCUGACUCGGCUGAGUGAGCAGUUCGGCAACAGAUCUACUGGCACCAGAUUUGUGGUUCGGAGCUCAUGCAAGUACGACCUCAGAGGCUGGUGAACCAUUGUAUGUAGGGCCUCGUUGUUUAGAUAUUAAAGGUCGACCCUUUCAGCACACAAUUCAUCUUGCAAGCUACUCCAUUAGCACGUCCCAGGCCAAAGCAACAUCCCUUAUCAACGAGUAGUCCUAGCCUCGAGUUCCUCGAUCAGUCUUCUCUAUGUUGGAACCAAUCUCCAUUCCACCACCUUCUCAAGGCGUCAAGAGAAUGUCCGCUACACAGGGUGCUGCUCCCAUCAACAACAUGGCCCCUCCACCAUUCACCCCCAACACUCAUAUCAACAACACGUCUGUUCCAACAAGGCAGCAGCAAGACCUCGACGGCCUCCGCAGUGCCGUCGUCAGAGACCAGCAGCAGUCCAACAAUCUGAACCACUCCAGCUCCGAGGACUGGUCGGACAAAGAUGGCAAGGAGAGCAUGUCCUCGCCUGGCCAUCCUCCUGCCCAUGACUUGAAAUCAACCACGUCCACUGGCUCUCUACGAACGCCAGUUCCCGCAUCCUCGACUCUGCAAACACCCCGUGCGUGGAUGGGUCUGGCACCAAUGGCAACCGUCGAUGAGGAACUCGAUCACGCCGAACAUAACCACUUCUUUUGGUCCAAGGCUAAAAUCGCCUUCAAGGAGCCCUUCGCAGAGUUCUGGGGAACAUUUAUCCUCGUGCUAUUUGGUGAUGCCGCACUGGCACAGACCCUUCUCACCGCCGGCGACACGACCGCACCUGGUGGUAAUGGCUACGGAAACUGGACCACAGUCACCUUUGGCUGGGGUAUCGGUCUCAUGUUGGGUAUCUACGUCGCUGGAGACUCCGGUGCAUUCUUGAACCCGGCUGUGUGCCUCGCGUCCUGCAUGUUCCGCAAGCUUCCAUGGAGACGUCUUCCAAUGUACUGGUUGGCUCAAUUCUUGGGUGCAUUCGUUGCUGCUGGUGUUGUCUAUGGCAACUACGUCAACCUCAUCGACCAGUAUGAAAGCGGUGCUCGUACCGUUGCACCAUCUUCAACCGCUACCGCCGGCAUCUUCGCAACCUACCCAGCCCCUGCCCUUACCAAGGCCAGCCAGUUUUUCGACCAGUUCAUUGGCUCAGCAAUCUUGGUAUUCAUCAUCUUUGCCCUCAAGGAUGACUCGAACAAGGGCAAGUUCGUCGCGUCUGGUGCUUGGUUCCCACUCUGCUUGUUCUUCACUCUCACUGGUAUUGCCAUCUGCUUCGGUGCUCAAACUGGCUUCGCUAUCAACCCCGCUCGUGACCUCGGUCCACGUGUCAUGACUGCAUGCCUGGGCUACGGCACUGCCGUUUGGUCCGCUGGAGACUACUAUUUCUGGGUCCCUAUUGUGGCACCCUUCUGCGGCUGCGUUGUUGGAGCAUUCUUAUAUGAUGCAUUCGUCUACACUGGCGAGUCACCUGUCAACACACCAUGGUUCGGUCUCAAGCAACUCAUGACCCCACACAAGAUGGUUUCCAACCGUCUCAACCGCCAAAAGGAGGAGGGUAUGGUCUAAGCGAAAGCGAGACUUCCGACAUCUCCAUUUCUUAUUUGUAUAAUUUUUUCUUUUGCACGAUAUGCUCUAUUUCAUCGCACGACAUGCUCUACAUUGAAGAGACAUGAUCGGGUCUUACAGCCAGAAUGCUGUUUGCAGGGUGUCUAGGAGGUAGUACCCUUUACGCAUGAGAUUUUUUCGGAGGGAUUGCAGGACCUUUUUGAUACGAGAACGGAAAAAAGAACGAUUCCUUUUUUCCUUGUAUAUUACAUUGUAUAUUAGUUACGGCUCUAUGUAUCCCAGGACCAAAAAGAUAUCCAGACCCCCAGAACUUC